GUUUAUUUGAAAACUUGAAUGCGAUUAUUGAUUUGUAAUUUGUGAAAUGUUCAACACAAAUAUGGAUAAUACAUUUCUGAAAUCGAAAGUUGAACAAAUCUAUAAUAUACAAUGUAAUCUAUUAUAGGUUCUUAUGGAAAGGCUAACAAGUUCAUCAGACUACACCAGUUUAACAAUGGAAGUGACAGGAAGAACAUCAAGAGAGAACGACAUCAGUUAUAAGGAUUCGGAGAGAACCAAUGUUACUUUUAACUGUGAUCCAUGCGAAAACGAAGGGGACGAACAACCGGCCGAGGGCUUCUGUGAAAAUUGCCAAGAAUACUUAUGUUCAUCUUGCUUCAAGAUUCAUCGCCGUCCCGCUCUUUGGCGUCAUCAUGUUCUCCUUGAUAAAGAAAAUAUGCCAUCAUCAAAGACAACAAAAGAACAGUUGAAUUAUGAAUGUACCGAACCUUGCUCUGAGCAUUCCACAAAAUUACUUGAAUAUUUUUGUCAGACACAUUCUCAGCUAGGUUGUCCAGUAUGUAUUACUACAAAACAUCGAAUGUGCAACGACGUUGAUUAUAUACCAGACAUAGCAGGCCACUUCAGAGAAAGUGCAGAAGUAAAGGAGACAUUUAAAACUCUUCAAAGUUUAAAAGAAGAUAUAAAUACAUAUUCUGCCACACUUAGUGUAGACAAAAUGAAAGUUAAGACUUAUGAAAAGAAUGCAAAAGAACACAUAUUGCAAUUAAGAGAUGAAUUCGAAAGCAUAUGCAACAGACUGGUUGAAAAUGUCGAACAUGUUAGGUCAAGUGACGAAAGUAAUAUACAGGGUUAUCUCGAAGCAUGUGAAGAUAUAUUAAACAAGAUAAAAAUACGCCAGUCUGUUCUUGAGAAAAAACAAGCAGAUAUGAAUGUAUCUCAAGUAUUCACCGAAGCUAAGCUUUCAAAAUUGUCUGCAAUAGACUGUAGAAGAGAGUUCGAGACGAUUAGAGAAUGCACAAAAAGUCGACACUACGAGAUAAAGUUUGAUAUCGAAGCCUUGCGUGAAAUGAUGAAAUUGACUUUCCGUGACCAGAUAAAUGAAAACGCAAAGGAUUCAAGUGAAUGUGAAUACCCGCAGACAAAUACAGUAAGAGGACAAUACCAUGACGUUAAUUCAAAGACUGAUAAUGAAGAAGGAAAUGUAUUCGGGAGUGGAGUUGCAUGGAAACAAUCGAUAUCUAUGGUUAAUUCAAAGACUGAUUAUAAAGGAGGAAAUAUAUUCAAGAGUGGAGGUGCAUGGGGACAAUCGAAAUAUCAGGUUAAUUCAAAGACUGAUAAUGAAGAAAAAAAAGUAUUCGGGAGUGGAGGUGGAUGGGGAGUACCGAUAUCUAUGGUUAAUUCAAAGACUGAUAAUGAAGAAAAAAAAGUAUUCGGGAGUGGAGGUGGAUGGGGAGUACCGAUAUCUAUGGUUAAUUCAAAGACUGAUUAUAAAGAAGGAAAUGUAUUCAAGAGUGGAGGUGCAUGGGGACAAUCGAUAUCUAUGCUUGAUUCAGAUGUUGGUUAUAAGGAAGAGAAAAGAAACAAAAAGAGUGGAAAGGUGUGGGAACAAUCAGGAAAUGUGGUAUACAAUACUGAAAGGACACCUCAAAAGCAGGAACAUAGAGGUUACGGAAAUAAAGGUUUAGCAUAUUGUGAAGAUUCAACAUUUGAGCUUGAUUCAGAGGUCAGUUAUAAGGCAGAGAAAGGAAACAAGAAGAGUGGAAAGGUGUGGGAACAAUCAGGAAAUGUGACUGAAAGGACACCUCAAAAGCAGGAACAUAGAGGUUACGGAAAGGAACGUGUAGCAUAUUGUGAAGAUUCAAAAUAUGAGGUAGUCUUCUUUAAAACUAUGUGACAUUUAUAACAGUUUUAUUUAAUUUGACUCAUUAUUAAAGUACAGUAAGAGUUGCCUCUCUUUAUAUUAUGCUCUCGUGAAA